CUGAAAUGUCAAUAUUUUUAAUUUCUUCCUCUCUAAUAGCGAUGGUACUUCCAAAAAAAUAUCGAUUGACUUCUCAGGGAUAGACCAUAUGAUUAAAGAACGCCAAAUUCGUGUCGUUCAAAAUGAAGACCAAAACAAGGGAUUACAAGAAGAAGACCCGUAAGUUAGCCCUACGAAAAAUAGCCGUCAAAUCAAAAGAGUUGAAGAUUAAACCUGGUACCAAAGAAGGAAAUGUAUCCGCACAACACUAUCCCCCAUGCAGGAUACCCAAAAAUGUUAUGCAGCGAACUCUGACAAUCGCAACCGAUCCCACUGAUGCAUUUUGGCUUAAUAUAAAUGUAUCUUGCACUCCAUCGACAAGCUAUGAGAUGACCGUCGACGCUGAAUACAAGCGUUCCCCUACCUACGAAAAAUUGCAGCUGGCUCGGAAUUGUCUGAUGCAGCGGGAUUACAAGAACCUGGCCAAGCUGCUUACCUCGCAUCUGUACGGGGAAACCAUCCUGCAGAAAAAUGCUCAUAAUAUCUUCUCUGAGUACGCGUCAUUGCUGCAAAAAUUCACAAAACUUAAACAAAAAACAGCGCAAGGCGUAUCGCCAUCACCGGAUAUUUUUGAGGACUUGGAAGAAUAAAAGAGCAUUGCUUAUUUUUUUGGUAAAAACACAACCUUAUAAUGUGUAUAUAUGUAAUAAGCGUUAUGUUUUUCCUUUUAUUCGACUUAAAUAUAAUAUCAAUAUGUUUUAAGGUUUUGCUAAAUAAAUACUGAAACGUG